AUGUUAAUUUUGGGUAAAAAAUUCAAUAAUUAUCAUCCACUUAAGAAGCAACAGAAUCAACACACCGACAUAUCCCAACUUUUGGAUAAACUUCUAGAAAAUUAUCAGGAUAACAGUUUACGACCAAACUUUGGUGGAUUGCCGGCUGUGGUUGAGAUCGACUUGAUGGUGAGGUCCAUGGGGCCUGUGAGUGAGAUAGAGAUGUAUCUGGAUAAAAGACUUACAGCAUGGAUUGCUACUUCAGGUAAGAUUUUAAGUUCUCAUCAUUUUGCUUUCAAUUUGGACAUUAUCAAGAUCUUUCAUAAACAAAGACAAACUUGGAUCGAUCGACGUUUGGCCUUUGAAGACUCUUCGCACAAUGUUUCAACGCUUGCACUCAGCAUUUCUAUGUUGAAAAAGAUUUGGAAACCCGAUACCUACUUUUUCAAUGGCAAGCAAUCUUAUUUACAUACCAUCACAACCCCCAAUAAAUUUGUCAGAUUAUACAAGGACGGUCGAGUUCUCUACUCGAGUAGAUUAACAAUCAAAGCAGCAUGUCCCAUGAACUUGGAAAAUUUUCCCAUGGAUGUUCAAAGGUGUCCUUUAAAAUUAGGGUCAUUCGGGUAUACAACUUCUGAUGUCCUUUAUCGUUGGAAUUCUCGAGCUGUCGCAAUAAGUGAUGACUUGAGAAUGUCACAAUUUGAUCUCAUAGACGUCCCAUCUUCAAAUCAGUCGAUAAGUGUUGGAAAAAAUGAGAAAUCGAUUGCUUUACAAGAGUAUUCAGUUCUUCUAGUAUCGUUUCAUCUUCAACGUCAUAUGGGGAACUUUUUAAUUCAAGUUUAUGGACCUUGCAUUUUGCUUGUGGUUCUUUCUUGGGUUUCGUUUUGGUUGAACCGUGAAGCUACAGCUGAUAGAGUUUCGCUUGGAAUCACGACUGUUCUUACUAUGACAUUUCUUGGCUUAGAAGCUCGAACUGAUCUUCCUAAGGUUUCUUAUCCAACUGCUUUGGAUUUCUUCGUUUUUCUUUCAUUUGCUUUCAUUUUCGCAACCAUUCUGCAAUUUGCUGUAGUUCAUUAUUUUACAAAAUAUGGAUCUGGUGAAUGUUAUUUCAAUUUCUAUGAAGAAUCAUCGUCAGAUUCAGAAUCAGAAGAUGAAGAAAUCGCAUAUUAUGGAAAAGAUUCAACAAUGCCAACGAGUCAAUUAAGUAGCAUGACACACGUGAAUUCUGCAGAUAUGUAUGGUGUGAUUCCGCUUUCAAGAUUGGAACUGAAUUUAAAUGAUCAGAAAAAACAUUUUAAAUUUAUGCGACGAUUUCGAAAAUUUCUGGAGAUUUAUUUCCCAUGCUCAUUUAAUUCAAAGAGAAAUGAAAAUGCCGAAGAAACUUCUGUUACCGAUGAUGAAUCAAUAGCACAAUGUGAACAACAGAUUGAUUCGAAUGCAUCUACAAUCACUCAUAACACACCGAAAUGUCGUCGACAUUCUUCACAAAACAUGAAACAGCCUCGAGGUUUCCGAAGAAACUUUAAUUCAGUUUCAAAAAUCGAUAAAUUCUCAAGAGUAGUUUUUCCACUUUUGUUCUUUAUUAUAAAUUUGCUUUAUUGGAUAUUUUACUUGACAAGAAGUCAAAGAAAGUAA